GCCGUUACCGGCGGUGAAAGGUGAUGGUGGCGGGUAGUGCUGUGCGGCUGUUGCCGCUCCCGCGCCCCCUCCUCGGACGGGCCGCUGGGGCCAGGGGAGGGCUGCCCGGCUGGGCGGCCGUAGGGCGCGGCGGGCUGCGGACCCGGCGCUGGGUUGCGGUGGCCUUGGCGGUGCCCGCGGGGACCGGCUGGAAGGAGAGGCCGGGGCAGCGGGGACCGGUGUGGGUCGGGGAGCGCUGCCCUGAGCCGCCCCCCCGGGUGCUGCUGCGACGUUUGGGUCUGGUACUCCGGAUGGGUCUGCGGGCCUGCGCGUUGCUGCUCCGCUUCGGCCCCCUGCUGCUGCUCUACCCGCUGAGCCGCCUGUGGCCCGGCCUGGCCGCCCUGUGGCUGCGGCUGCUGCGGAGGGCGGCCGAGGCCGCCGGCCCUACUUGUGUGAAGCUGGGCCAGUGGGCCAGCACGCGGAGGGACCUCUUUUCAGAGGCCUUCUGCGAUGAGUUUUCUAAGCUGCACAUCGAGGUGAGCCCACACCCGUGGGGCCACACGGAUGAGCUCCUAAGGAAGGCCUUUGGUGAGGACUGGAUGAGCAUCCUCAAGUUCCAGAGCCAGGAGCCGGUCGGCUCGGGCUGUGUUGCCCAGGUGUAUAAAGCCUAUGCCGACCUCACGGCUAUCGGUGGCUCCCAGGCCAAGGAGCUAGUGCAACACUUGGAGUUCAGGACUGCUUUUGAAGCAUGGGAAGCGUCAGGCUUUAGAGGCCUCCUCAGGUGGCUGAGGAGGAGGAAGAGUGAGCAGAUACGGGAUGACAGGAGCAGGGAGGAGCUCAGUGCAGCAGACUGCUCCUGGAGAAGUCCUGAGAAUGGGAUGUCCUUUAUGGGGCAAAUGGCCAAACCACUCGUGAAUGUACAUCCUUCAUCAGCCAGACAUCUCACACCUGUAGCCAUUAAAGUCCUGCACCCUGGGCUGGUCCACCAAGUCCAGAUGGAUCUUUUUCUCAUGAAGCUAGGUAGCCACAUCAUUGGACUUCUCCCUGGAUUCAAGUGGCUCAGUUUGACAGAGAUUGUGGAGGAGUUUGAGAAGCUUAUGAUUCAGCAGAUUGACUUACGCUAUGAAGCCAGAAAUCUGGAGCGCUUCCGACAAAAUUUCCUAGAUGUCGAUUUUGUGAAGUUUCCAACUCCCCUUUGGCCUUUGGUCACAGCAGAUGUUCUAGUGGAAACAUUUGAGGAGAGUGAGCCUAUUUCACACUACCUCCACGCAGAGAUUGCCACAGAGCUGAGACAGAGGCUUGCAAAGAUGGGCAUGGACAUGCUGCUAAAGAUGGUCUUUGUUGACAACUUUGUCCAUGCUGACUUGCACCCUGGGAACAUCCUGGUUCAAGGCACGGCUCACGUCAGCACCAGCGGCAAAGAGCAGGCAGCCAUCGUGGACCUGUGUGACACGCUUGUGGUGGAAGUGCAGCCACCCCUCAGGCAGCUCUGCCUGGUGCUGCUGGAUGCAGGGAUCGUGGCUGAGCUGCAGAGUGCUGACAUGCGGAACUUCAGGGCAGUUUUCACAGCUGUGGUCCAAGGCCAGGGGGAGAGAGUGGCAGAACUGAUCCUUCAUCAUGCCCGUGCUAACCAGUGCCAGGAUAUCGAGCGAUUCAAAGCUGAGAUGGCGGAACUAGUGACCAAGGUCCGGGGGAACACCAUUGCCCUGGGAAAGCUUCAGGUGGCAAAUCUGCUCUCAAAUGUCUUCAAACUGUUGAUGACCCAUAAGGUGAAGCUUGAAAGCAAUUUUGCUUCCAUCAUCUUUGCCAUCAUGGUUCUGGAAGGACUUGGUCGUUCCCUGGAUCCUGAACUGGACAUUCUAGAAGCAGCUAAACCACUGCUCAUCAAAACUGCAGCUUCUGUCCUCAGAUAGACUCCUGUGGCCGCUGCCCCCCUCUGUGCAGGGUUAUGCCUGUGCCGUCAGUGAGCUGAGAAAGAAGCUGAUGAUGAGAAGUCAUGUUUAUCUUGGGGACAUACCAUGCAGAGGUUACUCUCCAUUAAUGUUGCUUUCAGUUGUUUCAGCCAAGCACUAGGCUGAGAUGAUCAGAAUUCCAGAAACCAGGAAGACUUUGCACAGUUAGAGACUUCUGACUCACCGCAUAGUCCUAAGAGCUAAUGGGCUCUGAUCAUUUUUAAAUUGGCAUAUCAUGUGGUUUAGGUGCACAUGAUCGCUGCAGUCUGACAAGAAAAGCAGUCUGACUUGUCUAGAAGUCUGUAAAAAGAUGUUCAGAGCAGUCUGCUUUGAAAUGUAUCAGGUUAAAUAUGUAAAGUUGUUAUACUGACUCACCUGUCACCGUGGUAUGAGACAUGGUGUGCCAACACCACCUAAGCAACUCAUUCAGAUUGAAAAAAAGCCAAUAACAUUUUUGUCUUCUGCACUUUCUGCUUCUACUUUUAUUGUAGAAGUGUCCUGAGAUCCUGCAGGGAGUGGUGUGUUCUUAAGCAUUUGGGAUGAUAAAGAUAGACCAGGCAAAUGGACACCCCCUCCCCACCACUCUAGCACAAUACAAACAAACAGCAAAAGAAACUACUUGCCCAGGCAGGAGACCUAAUUCCAUAAUAAAAACAACUUUUGGGAAUA